UGAUAGGGUUGUUCGUGCGGAGGCUGAAGCUGAAAAAGUUGCUGAGCAACUGAAGAAAACGAAAGUUUCAGGUGUUUCUAUCCCCUCUUCCAUUUCUAAUGAUAGUUUUGAGUUAAAAAAAAAAGAAAAACAAAGACAGAAAAUGAGUUGUUGUGAUAUGAUUUUCACAAAGCAUGAACCUGGAGAAGAGGGGGAAAAGUAUAUCUAAAACUGUAGGCCUUAGAGCAUCACUAAACAUCCCAAUUAGCACUUGCUUUACAAAGACAUGACAGUCAAUCCUAGUCAACAAUAAACUGAAUGGCCGAACCUUUUGUAAUUCCAAUUCUCCAUUUUAUCCUUGUAUAUUACUAAUACUCAGUGUAUCGUUACAUGUCUGCAUACACUAUUAUAUACAAGAGUUGACUGCUUUAUAUACGGAAUGUAUAAUAAAUAAGCUAACUCUAUAAUUCCUAAAUUGCUGCACUAAUUAUAAAUUAAUUGCGAAUUAAUUACUUCUUGAAAUAAUAGGAACUAAUUCUGCUUAACAGAUAAAGAGCUCAAUCCAGCCCAAAAUAAACACAACAUUGUGCAGCAAUAGAAAUGAGCCGCAACAUACACUCUGCACAAGGCACACUCUGCCACCUCACCUUUUUUUUGCAUUACAGAAAUAGCUAGCAUUCUUCUAGAAUAUGAUGAGCUGUAUAGUGUAUUUGGGCUGGUGUAUGUUUGAUUGGGCUCUUGGUUGAUAAUGGUUAAAGGGGAAUCAGUGUUUGGUGAGGACCAAGUUUGGCUAGGACAAGACAAGGCUGGAUUGAGCUCUUGGUUGGGAGCAAAAGGAAAAAAAAUUUCGUGAAAAAGCACAUUUUUGGAGAUAAAAUCUCUUUUGUAUCCAAAUCCAAAAUAAUAUAACCUUUUGUGCCAUUUUGAAAACCUAAGAACACACCACGUCUUGGUCAAAUUUUUUACGCUUUGUGUGUGUGGAUGCAUAACAUAAACAACCAAAAAAUUUGAUCAUGGAAAAAUCUAGUGGCUAUUUGUGCAACAACACAUAAGGAGUGUUAUUUUGAAUGACGGGAGAAGGAACACAAUUAAUGAGAUAGACAACAUGUUUGAUGCAGUGUUGUCAAAUGGCCGUUAUGGCGGCGCCAUGGCGGUAUGGCGUGGCGGCGCCAUGGCGGUAUGGCGUGGCGGCGCCAUGGCGGCCGUUACGAGCAUGGCGGUAACGGCCGGCCAUGGCGGAAAUCGUGAUAAAUGGUGUUUUUUUUAAAAAAAAAUUGGAUUUUCUGCACUUUUGGGCCAAAUCCGACCCGACCCGACCCAGCUCAGAAUCCAACUGCCUAAAUCCAGGUUUUUUCUCUCUCUUCUCCUUACAAUCUCACUCUCCCUCUCUUUGCAAUCGCACUCUCUGCGAUCUCACUCUCCACUCUGCUCAUCUCUUUGAGCUCCCUCCAUCUCUCUCUCUCUCUCUCUGCGACCACUUCUCUCUCUCUCUCUGCGACUGCUUUCUCUGAGAUCUCGUUGCUGAGAUCUCAUUUUCUUGGGCUCUGUGUUUCUGUUUGGGUGCAUUUCGGUCUGUAUUUUCGGCGACUGCACCAUCUCCGGUGACUCCAACCUCCAUUUCCGGCGACUGCACUUCCAUCUCCGGCGACUCCAUUUUUCUGGUAGCUAUUUUUUUUCAUUUUUCCUCUCAGUUUUUUCUUUAUUUCCCCCAUUUAAAUUUUACCCUUUCCAUCUUUCAAUUUUUACCUCUCCCACAUUUCUAUUUUUCUCUGUUUUUUCUCUGAUUUUCCUCAAAAAAAAAUUCUAUUUAUUUCAGCUACUCUUAACAUGGCUCAACAUAAGUCUUCAUCAAAUUGUUCAAGAACUUCUAAUCGUUCUGACCCGGGAUGGAAAUAUGCUCAUUCGGUGAAAGAUGGAGAUACAAACAACAUUGUAUGUAAUUUUUGUGGAAAAGUUAUGAGUGCGGGAAUCACUAGAGUGAAACAACAUUUAAUUGGAAAGAAGUGUAAUGUGAAAGCUUGUCCCAAGUGUCCGGAAGAAGUUAGAAAAGAGAUUGAGACAUAUCAAAAGGAAAAAAAGAAUCAAAAUAAUUUUGAGAUGCCAAAUGUGAGAAGCUUUGAAGGUAUAAGCUAUGAUGUAAGUGAGGAUGAAGAGGAUACCCAAACCCGUAGCGUUGCCAUUGGAAAUCAGAAAGGGCCAAUGGACUUGUUUUGUAGAAAGCCUGAAAGUGCAAUUGAGAAAAGAAAAAAGGAAAAAUUGAGACAAACAAAUAUAAGAGAACGAUGUGACAAAGAAGCCAAGGCAAGGGUCCAUCAAUACAUAGCUCGAUUUUGGUAUCAAGCUGGCCUUUCCUUUAACCUCAUUAAAAUGAAGAGCUUUCAAGAAAUGCUUACAGUUGUUGGUGCUUUCGGUCCAAAUUUACCAGCUCCAAGUUAUCAUGAUAUUCGAGUUCCACUUCUAAAGAAAGAGCUAGAAUAUACUGAUUCCCUCAUGAAAGAUCAUAAAGAGCAAUGGAGCAAACAUGGCUGUUCCAUAAUGUCAGAUGCAUGGACCGAUCGCAAGCAAAGAUGCUUGAUUAAUUUUUUGGUCAACUCUCCUACUGGUACUAUGUUUGUGAGGUCUAAUGAUGGAUCUAAUUUUGUGAAGACCGGUGAAAAAUUAUUUGAGAUGCUUGAUGCUCUUGUGGAAGAGAUUGGAGAAGAUAAAGUUGUGCAAGUGAUAACGGAUAAUGGAAGCAAUUAUGUCUUGGCUGGUAAGAUGUUAGAAGCGAAAAGACCACAUCUUUAUUGGACUCCUUGUGCAGCUCAUUGCAUAGAUCUUAUGCUUGAAGAUAUUGGAAAGCUUCCUUUGAUAAAGAAGACAAUUCAAAGGGGAAUAUCGGUUGUUGGCUUUAUCUACAGUCAUUCAAGUACCUUGAGUUUGUUGAGAAAUUUUACAAACAAGAGGGAAUUGGUAAGACAUGCAGUUACUCGAUUUGCAACUUCUUUUCUAUCAUUAGAAAGACUUCACCAAGAAAAAGAAAAUCUUAGAAAGAUGUUUACUUCUGAGGAAUGGUGUAAAAACAAGAUAUCAAAGGAAGCUAAAGGGAAGCAAGCAACAAAAAUUCUAUUAAAUCCUGUAUUUUGGAAUAAUGUGGUGUAUACUUUGAAAAUCAUGGCUCCUCUUGUCCGGGUGUUAUGUUUGGUUGAUGGAGAAAGAAGACCAGCUAUGGGGUAUAUUUAUGAAGCAAUGGAGAAAAGUAAAGAAGCUAUCAUGAAGUCAUUCAAAAAUAAUGAAAGUAAAUACAAAGAUGUGUUAGCAAUCAUUGAUAACAGAUGGACUUGUCAGCUUCACUGUCCAUUACAUGCAGCUGGUCACAUUUUAAACCCGGAAUUUUACUAUGACAACCCUCAAAUUGAAUUUGAUUUGGAAGUUACAGAUGGGUUGUAUGAUUGUAUCAAGAGGUUGGUGCCAAGUCGGGAUGUGCAACAAAGUAUACUACUUGAAUUACCAAUUUACAAGAGCGGUGGUGGUCUCUUUGGGUCCGACUUUGCAAAAUCACAAAGAAAAAGCAUUGCUCCCGGUAAUUCAUCAAAUUUUUCAAUAUUUUAAUUUUAAGGUUAUACUUCAUCUUCAGAGUUAUAAUUUGUCUUUCAUUUUAUAGCUCAAUGGUGGAGAAUGUAUGGACAUUCAGCUCCACAUUUGCAGCAACUAGCUAUCAAAAUUUUGAGCUUGACAUGUAGUGCAUCCGGAUGUGAACGCAACUGGAGUGUUUUUGAGCAAGUAAUUUUUUAUCUCUCGAGCCUACUAUUUUCUUUUAUAAAUUAGAGAGAAACUAAUUAAUAUUCUUAUAAUUAAACUCACGUUACAGAUUCAUUCAAAGAAGAGAAAUGGCUUGAUCACAAAAAAUUACAUGACUUGGUUUAUGUGAAAUACAACCAACAACUCAUAGAACGUUACAAUCUUAAAGAUGUAAUUGAUUCAAUUACACUCAAUGAUAUUGAUGAGUGUAAUGAGUGGUUGGUUGGAGAAAUGGAUGAUGAUGCUCUAGAUGAGGAUGCUGGAAAUGACUUAGUUUUUUAUGGUGACAACACUUUAAAUUGGGCAACUGUUUAUGAAGCUUCUGGAAUUGGAGAGCCUACAACAUAUACUAGGCGUCAUUCUAAGAAAAGAAAGAAUCCAUCAAGUGGUAUCACUAUCAAAGCUGCAAAAGUUUCCAAGAUUAAGGCAUGUUC